GGUCAAACUUGCAGCAGCUAGGCAUGAUGUGGUCGUUUCAUCCCAUUUCCGUACUCUUAUGGCUAUCCCUGUUGGCGCAGGGUGGUCUCGGGCACAACUCCCAAUCGCCCUUGCUUCCGCAUGAAGCAUAUGACUCCAAGACCAGUUCAGUUCAACUAGUAUCCAGCCAGGAUUUCAGCGAUUCCAGUCUCACACAAAGCUGUCAAGAUGCUCUAUACGCCACAUUGAAAUGCGACAAAUAUGUUUUGAAGCUUGGAAGAGGGGACUAUCAUGGUAGUCUGAAGAGUAUCAGCCUGACUGACACUGUGUGUUCAACUGAAUGUGGCCAGUCUCUAUCUACCUUUCAUGACAACGUUGUGGCACAGUGUGGCCUAGACGCUACAGUCGCACGAGGAACUCCGGCUCUUUCCGUGAUUGAUAGUGUUUGGGCAGGCUGGAAUGAAACGUGCCUGAGGAGUCCGAAUGGGACCUACUGUAAUGAGAUCAUUGAUAGAUUCCCCUCGAAGGUAAACCCGGCUGAAGUGGCG